AAUACAGGGACGUGUCUAUUUUUUUUUUCUGCCGCGAAGGUUUGUUUUCACUCUGCAACAGCGAGUCACUAUUUGGAUUCGGGAUUUGUCGACUGAUUUGGGGUGAAGCAGUGUGAAUGUGUCAAGCCAUCAUGAGUAGACGAAAAGCCAAAAGUGUUCCAAAGCCAAUCAGCGAAUGCAUCACACAGCUUCACAAAUGUCUGAGAGAGCGAUUUUGCCACGAUCAGCUUCCCAGCACACUUGAGGCAUCAGAGGUCCAACACAAACACUUACUGGGGUUGCUCCAGCGAACCGCCAUCCACGGGGAAAGCAACUCUGCGCUCAUCAUAGGUCCCAGGGGAUCCGGGAAAACUGUGCUCCUCAAAUGCGUGUUAAGAGACCUGCUGCAGGAAAAGGAAGUACAGAAGAACCUCCUGCAGGUCCAUCUCAAUGGCCUCCUGCAGACUGAUGACCGAAUAGCCCUGAAAGAAAUAACACGACAACUCAACCUGGAAAAUGUUGUCGGCGACAAAGUAUUUGGGAGUUUUGCGGAGAACUUGGUCUUCCUGCUGGAGGCACUCAAGAAAGGCGACCGCAGCAGUACUCGUCCAAUCUUGUUCGUCCUGGAUGAGUUUGAUCUCUUCGCUCACCACAAGAACCAAACUCUGCUCUACAACUUGUUGGACGUGUCCCAGUCGGCCCAGGCGCCGGUCGCUGUGGUCGGGCUCACCUGCAGGCUGGAUGUCCUGGAGUUGCUGGAGAAGCGGGUGAAAUCGCGCUUUUCCCAUCGUCAGAUCCACAUGCUGAGCAACCUGAGCUUCUCUCAGUACCAGGAGCGAGUCGCAUCCCAGCUCAGCCUGCCAGACGACUUUCCCGACAGGAGCUUCGCUGAAGACUGGAACAGCGGCGUGCAGAGUCUUUGUGAAGACAAAUCAGUGGAGGAGAUUUUACGGAGACAUUUUAACUUCAGUAGAGACUUUCGCUCUUUGCACAUGCUACUGAUGUUGUGCUUGAGUCGCAUCUCUCCAGUAAAUACCAUCAUCAAGCCGGCUGACGUACUGGAAGCCAGCAGAAUGUGCUUCAGCGAUUCCACAUCCAACAUGCUUCAUGGUCUUUCCAUCCUGGAGCUGUGCCUGGUCAUUUCCAUGAAACACCUCAACGACGUCUACGGAGGAGAGCCCUUCAACUUCCAGAUGGUUUACAACGAAUUCAAGAAGUUCCUCCAGAGAAAGUCCAACUCCAUGUACAACUUUGAGCAGCCUGUUGUCAUCAAGGCCUUCGAACACCUGCAGCAGCUGGAAUUGAUCCGACCUGUGGAUGGAUCUUUGGCCAAAACUCAGCGGGAAUACCAGUUGAUGAAACUCAUGCUGGACAGCAGUCAGAUCAUUGAGGCCCUGCAUAAAUAUCCGCAAUGCCCCACAGAUAUCAAACAGUGGGGCAUGUCUGCCUUCGCUUAGGAAUGAAAUCUUCGCCGUGUGCCAUUUUAUUGAUGUACAAUUUUCUAUAAUAAUAAUAAAGGUAUUAUUUUUUUCAAUGCAACAGUUACAAGUAGUCGUUCCUUUUUUCUUUUUUUAAACUAAAAUUGCUCCUCACCCCUUCCUCUUGAUGAUAAACUUGCAUAUCAAAUAUAA